GGGAGAGUUUGAACGUCACACCGUAUCACCCUGUUUGCUUCAGGAAAACUUGCGCUUCGUCUCCUCAGGUGCAUCAGAGCUGCACAAAAUGCAAGCUAACUGGCGUUUAGCAAGCAGAAACCGACACAUGUUUGGCGUAUAUUAAUUUCUAAGGCAAAAUUAUAUAUGAAAAGAUUUGAAUUUAUAUUCACGGCUCAGUAAGGAGAAACAACUAGCCUGUGUUUGAAGUGUGUUUUGACUGCAACAUUCGCGCAGUGGAGCUGCUUACGAAUUACAUUAUCUCACAUCUUAAUAGCACAAACUCGCCUUUAAGGAGCAUUUGAGUGUCUCUGUGGAAAUGAGGUGGUUUGGCAGCACGUUCAUGCCGACAUUAAGCCCAUGAUUGAGUAGCAGUGCUCCAGGCCCAGUGUGAGCCUCCAGCACCCCACCAGACAUCCACAGUAUGUCCAGUUCAGGCUUCCCCCCAAGUCAGGGGGCUUUCAGCAGCGAGCAAAGCCGUUACCCACCACACUCAGUGCAAUAUGCCUUCAGCUCAUCACGCCACCCGCAGGAGUUCUCUGUUCCGGAUUACCGUACCCCCCUGCAGGACCAGCAGCGUCGCAGACCUUCACUAUUAUCAGAAUUUCACCCCGGGACAGAGAGGCCUCCAGAGCGCAGGCACGGCUACGAGCAGCAGUUUCAUGCUGCCCCAACUCAGCAGGAGCAGGAAACUGCAGAACCCAAGCGUCCCCGCAUCGAGAACAUUUCCGAAACUCACUUUCAACGAGUUCAAACCACUGGUGUCGUUCUGCCCCCUCCACAUGCCAUACAGGAGAACAUCAGGGUCACCGGAGAUGUCAAGAAGGAAACCCAGUUUAAUAUGAAGGUCGAGGCCUCGUCUCCAAGUGGAGUUCCUCAGGUGGUUGAAGAUGCAGAUACAUCACCUUCCAAACUCUCCAAGGAGGAGCUGAUUCAGAGCAUGGACCGGGUGGACCGUGAGAUCGCAAAGGUUGAGCAGCAGAUUUUCAAACUCAAAAAGAAACAGCAACAAUUGGAGGAGGAAGCAGCCAAGCCGGUAGAGCCAGAAAAGCCAGUGACUCCGCCCCCUGUGGAACACAAACAUCGCAGCAUCGUCCAGAUCAUUUAUGACGAGAACCGGAAAAAGGCAGAAGAAGCCCAUAAGAUACUGGAAGGACUGGGUCCUAAAGUGGAACUGCCUCUGUACAACCAGCCAUCUGAUACUAAAGUCUACCAUGACAACAUUAAAACGAAUCAAACGAUGAGGAAGAAGCUGAUUCUGUUUUUCAAAAGGAGGAACCAUGCACGUAAACAGAGGGAGCAGAAAAUUUGUCAACGUUAUGAUGAGCUGAUGACUGAGUGGGAGAAAAAAGUUGAGCGAAUGGAGAACAACCCUCGCCGUAAAGCCAAAGAAAGCCGCACACGAGAAUACUACGAGAGACAGUUUCCAGAGAUCCGCAAGCAGCGUGAGCAACAGGAACGCUUCCAGAGGGUGGGCCAGAGAGGGACAGGUCUGUCUGCCACCAUUGCAAGAAGUGAACAUGAGAUAUCUGAGAUCAUUGAUGGCCUAUCGGAGCAGGAGAACAAUGAGAAGCAGAUGAGGCAGUUGUCUGUCAUUCCUCCUAUGAUGUACGAUUCAGAACAGCGGAGGGUGAGGUUUAUCAACAUGAACGGUCUGAUGGAUGACCCCAUGAAGGUCUACAAAUCUCGCCAGUUCAUGAACGUCUGGUCUGAACACGAGAAAGCGCUCUUCAAAGAAAAGUUUGUGCAGCACCCAAAGAACUUCGGGCUGAUUGCGUCAUUUUUGGAAAGAAAGUGUGUGUCAGAUUGUGUGCUGUACUAUUAUUUGACCAAGAAGAGUCAGAAUUAUAAAACUCUUGUUCGACGCAACUUCGGAAAUCGUCGACGAAGGAAUCAGCAGAUAACGCGACCCUCGCAGGAAGACAAGACAGAGGAAAAGAACGAGGAGGACAAAGCAGAAAAAUCUGAGAAGAAAGAGGACGAGGAGAAGAAGGAAGAGGAAGAGAAAGAUGAAAAAGAAGAAUCCAAGGACAUUAGCAAAGAAAAAGAGAAGUGUGAGGCAGAGGAGGAGGAGGGUAAGGAGCAGAGCACACCACGUGGCCGCAAGACCGCUAACAGCCAGGGCCGUCGCAAGGGCCGCAUCACCACUCGCUCUAUGGCCAAUAAUGAGGCUGCAUCAGUGGUGCCUGAGGAACAGCCUCCACCUCCACCUGAACCAGUUAUGCCAGAGCCGACAACUCCCUCUAAACCUGAGCCAGUGCAGAAACCUGUACGAGAACCUGGAAAACCUGCACCCGUACCCAGCACAGACACACGAGGCGCAGUUGAAGCUGGAGAGACAUCUCGCUGGACGGAGGAGGAGAUGGAGAUCGCCAAAAAAGGGCUGGUUGAACAUGGUAGGAACUGGUCAGCCAUUGCUAAGAUGGUUGGCACAAAGAGUGAAGCUCAGUGCAAGAACUUCUAUUUCAACUAUAAGAGGCGACACAACUUAGACAAUCUACUGCAGCAACACAAGGGUUAUGGGCGGCUCCGUGGAAAUCGAGACCCGUCACAGAAUGACCCCGCGCACGAUGAUGACGAGGAGAGUGAAGGUCCUGAUAACAGUUCGGACACAGAGAGCGCACCGUCUCCCCCUCAAACAGAUCCAGCUAAAUCUGCCGAUUCUGUAACGCAUACUAGCUCUGCUGUGGACGUCACUUCGGAACAGGACGCCUCCGCAACCAAAGGCCCCACAGGAGAUGCCAAGGGUCAAGAAGCUCCUUACAGCGAGUUUCGAGUCAAAGUUGAAAAGAGUCCAGAAGGUGGUGCAGGAGAUGGGCUUCCUCAGGAAGAACGAGCGCGUGUCACGUACGAAACACAAAUCCAUCCAAAGAGCGAGCCGCAGGAUGUGGAGAUGACCGCUCCGGUUGGGGAAAGAGGACAGGUGCAGGUUAAGACUGAGCCAGAGGUCAAAGAUAAAGAGGAGAAACAGGGCGAGCAGCAGCACUCGGAUAAUGACUCUAGCGCCACCUGCAGUGCAGAUGAGGACGUCGAGGCUGAACCUGACCGACAGAGACUUUUCUCUCUGGAGAAGCCUUCUUUGCUUGGCACUUCGAGCUCAGUGGUUGUAUCCUCACCCAAAAUUCUCAACGUGCAGCAGCUACAGCACCGGGCUGCCACCAUUCCCCCAAUGGUCAGUCCCCAGAGCCCCUUCCCCCACUUAUCAUUCAACUAUACCCCUGUGGACAGAAACAGGGCCCAGCCAUCCCGCUAUGUUUCAUCUCCAUUCGGUCACACUGGCAUUCCUGUCGGUCCUUCGUUGAGUGGUUUUGCCAUGUUCCAGCACCAAAUUAAAGCCGUGCAUGAGUCCGCACAUCAAGAGGACAAACAGAGAUUGGACCAGAAUGAAUUGGACUGCAGAUCUCGAGUCACCACUCACAAUCCCACUGUGCUGGACCGAGAAGGUAAGCCAUUUGCUUACAUGCCAUAUGACAUGAAGUUGAUUGAACAGGAGUCUCACGGUGGAGUGGUCAGACCUGGCUCUCCAUACAGACUCUCUCCUCGGGAACCUAACAAAGCUUCACCCCAGCCUGAUGCCAGUAACCCCAAUCGCUACAGUGUGCCUCCAGUUCUUCAACCUGCACCAAACCAGGCGAUUCAAAACCUUUCAGAUGUACGCAUGACGUUCUCACGUCACAGGCCGUCUAACAUUCCGUCUCCUCCACCCCUCAUUCCCACCUCCAAGCCCACAGACAAGCCCUCCUUCAUUCAGGGGGGCUCCAUUUCACAGGGAACGCCAGGCACGUACCUGCCCUCUCAAACGCACGCAGUGUACGUACCAGAUGUAGUUAAGACUGCGGGAGGAUCUAUUUCGCUCGGCAUACCAAGACAGCAGGACCCUGCCAAACCUGUGUCGUAUAUUAAACAGGAGGAGUGCUCUCCUCGGGGACAAAGUGCUCAGGCCGAGGGACUCUUAUCCAGAGCUCAGUAUGAGGGAGUGGUCAGAGGAGGACCCCUGCAGAUUCAGGACAUGAGAGGUCCCCCUGGAAAAGGCCCAGAGAGCAUGACUUUCAGAGGAGGUUCUAUUACACAGGGCACUCCAGCCCUGACUCAGUCUAACGUAGCAGCAGAUUUGUUGAAGGGAACCAUUGCUAAACUGGCCACAGAGGACCUAAGUGGUCAAGAGAAGAGCCGAGCUGAAGCUCAUUCCAAAGCGCACGUCAUCUACGAAGGAAAAAGCGGACACAUCCUCUCUUAUGACGCCAUUAAGAACCCCAGAGAGGCCACCAGAAGCCCAAGGAUGGGACAUGACCUCAAACGCACAUAUGACAUUAUGGAGGGCCCCCGUGGACACGCAGUGCGGGAUAAUGCACCUUAUGAAGGUUUAAUCAGUAGAGCAUUGCCAAGAGAAAGUCCACAUGAGUCUAAGGAUCGAAACAUACUCGCUGGAUCCAUCAUGCAGGGAACACCAAGAGCUUCUGCUGAAGUCUUUGAUGAGACCUCCAAAUACGGCAAACAGAUCAAAAUGGAGAGUCCACCUAUCCGCUCUUUUGAGGGAGGCAUUAGCAAAGGUAAACCAUAUGAGGGGGUGAACACCAUAAAGGAGAUGGGUCGCUCCAUUCACGAAAUCCCUCGAAAGGAAACUCCAGAUAGUCGCAAAACCCCCGGUUUGGAAGGAUCUAUUACUCAGGGUAUUCCACUGAAGUAUGACGGUAGUACUGUGAACCCAUCAACCAUUAAGCACAAUGUUAAAUCCCUGAUCACGAGCCCGAUGAAGAUCUCUCACUCCACCAUCGAAGCUGCUGAGCGAGAAAGGGCCAAGUACGAGGAUGUGAAGGCAUCUGAGCGUGUCCGACACACUUCGGUAGUAAACUCCACUUCUGUCCUGCGCUCCACACAUACAGAGUCAGGAAAGUCUCAGCUCAGUCCAGGCAUGUAUGAGGACAGCAAUGCACGGAGGACCCCUACCUACUCCAGCAGCUCUUUAUCUAGAGGAUCGCCUCUACUGCGAGCACAGGAAGGAAGCAUAACAUCAGGUAAACCAGUUUCUCACGAGAGGAAGAGCACACUAACCCCAACCCAGAGGGUGGACAGUGUUCCUGCCAAGUCUCCUGUUUCAGGGGGUGACCCCCUCGGUCCUCACAGCCCGUUUGACCCUCACCCUCAGGUGUACCGCACUCACCUGCCUCCCCAUCUGGAACCCAGCCUCGCCUUUCACAGGGUCCUGGAUCCAGCGUACAUGUUCCCACGGCAACCAUCGCCAACUGGUUAUCCCAACACUUACCAGCUCUACACUAUGGAGAACACACGACAGACCAUCUUGAAUGAUUACAUAACAUCACAGCAGAUGCAGGUCAUACCACGCCCCGAUGUCGCCAGGGGACUGUCACCACGUGAAUCAUCCAUCGGCAUUCCUUACCCCCCAUCAGGUCGAGGAAUAAUUGAUCUAACCCCGAUGCCCACCAUCCUGUUACCUCACCCUGGGGGCACAGUUUCCCCUUCCCUGGAUCGCAUCACCUACAUCCCUGGACCUCAGACCCCUUUCCCUCCUAGGGCAUUCAACCCUGCCUCCAUAUCUCCAGGACAUCCUGCCCAUCACAGUGCCACAGCAGCCAUUGUGGAGAGGGAAAGUCAGCGGGAAAAGGAGCGAGAAAGGGAAAGAGAAAGAGAGAGAGAUCAGAGAGAGAGAGAACGUGCGGCAGUAGAGUAUAUGCGUGGAGGUCCUGAGCAGCCAGGGCGACCAGGCAGUCGUGGUUUUCUGCGUUCACCUUCACCCUCCAUGAGGUCUCAGGAAGGUGUCCUCCAGCAGCGGCCAAGCAUCUUUCAGGGCACUAGCAAGAGUGUCAUUACACCUCUCAUGCAAAUGCCUUCACAAGCAGCUGCAGCUCAAGCCAAUUCCCGCUACAACAACGCAGCCGACGCACUCGCCGCGCUUGUGGACGCUGCCGCCUCUGCCCCACAGAUGGAUGUUGCAAAAGUCAAGGAGAGCAAGCAUAACAGCGGCAGUUCCCGUGAUGAUGACAUGAUGAUGUCCUCGCGGCGUGCAACGCAAGAGUCGCUGGAUGCGGAACGUCGUUCCAUGCGGUCGCCAUAUGGGGACAUGUCACUUCCCGGAGGAAAACCUUCCCAUCCUGUGUAUGCCGAUGGGGGAGCUGCAGGAAACAAAGAAAAAGCCCCACCCACCAAAUCACAAAUAGAGGAGGAGCUGCGUACACAUGGAAAAACCACCAUUACUGCUGCAAACUUCAUUGAUGUCAUCAUCAAGCGCCAGAUCGCCCCAGAUAAGGACAAUCGCGAGAGAGGCUCACAGAGUUCAGACUCCUCUGGCAGUAUGUCAUCUAGUCGUUAUGAGCCACAGGGUGGGAUUGAGGCUAUCAGCCCAGCCAACUCUCCAGCCCGGAGAGAAGAGAAGAAUGAGGGACCUUUCUCAUCAGAAAAGACCUCUCAGCCACCUUCAGGUGGACUGAGGUUUGACAUUAAUCGGUAUAGGCAGACAGCAGAUUCAGGCCUGUCUGCACCCCAGCAGCCACCCUCCUCACAAGCAGACAGCUACGGGGCAGUCCCAAAAACGCACCGCAUCAUGACCCUCGCUGAUCACAUAUCGCACAUCAUAACGCAGGACUUUGCUAAGAGCCAGGAUCCUCCCCCAUCAUCAUCCUCGUCCACAUUCCAGAGCUCUGCUACAGGAAGAGUUAAACCUCCUAACCGCUAUAGCCCAGAAAACCCACCGCCUGCUACACACCACCAGAGACCAUCAAGCCGUGUGUCUCCAGAGAACUCAUCCGACAAAUCCCGAGCCAGGCCAGGCAGGUCUCCUGAUCGAGGUCGAGGACUGGAGAACUAUGAGCCCAUCUCUCCACCUCAUGGAUACUCAGGGAUGGAUAAACAGGAGACCGGUGUUUUACAGAGUCAGAGACGAGAGCAAGAGCUCCCUGAACAGAGGACUGACUCGCGUUCACCAGGCAAUGGUAGUUACCUGCCCUCGUUCUUCACCAAACUAGAGAGCACGUCUCCUAUGGUUAUGUCCAAAAAGCAGGAGAUUAUCCGCAAGGCAGAAGUUGGUAACGCUCAACCAGGCACAGAGAUUUUUAAUCUGCCAGCAGUAACAUCAUCAAGCAAUAUAAACCCCAGAAACCACUCGUUCAGUGAUCCAGCCAGUAAUCUGGGACUGGAAGACAUCAUCAGAAAAGCUUUGAUGGGAAACAUGGAAGAAAGGCAGGAGGACCAGCAACAAACCCAGACAGGAAACACCUCAGGUGGCAUGGGCAGUAUGGGCAGCAUUUCAGAAAGCCGACAGGAGGCCAAUCCUUCCCCUAACACAGGUUCCUACUCAGGCAAGCAGAAGCUACAGAGCAAAGCAAGCAGCAGGAAAUCAAAGUCUCCUAACCCAGGCCAGCCGUACUCAGCUGGAGAGCGUCCAUCUUCUGUGUCGUCCGUUCAUUCAGAGGGAGAUUAUCACAGGCAGGCUCCCACCUGGGCUUGGGAAGACCGGCCGUCCUCCACUGGUUCCAUGCAGUUCCCAUAUAAUCCCCUGACAAUGCGCAUGCUCAGUAGUACCCCUCCCACCUCCAUGGCCUGCCCAUCUCCUUCCUUGCAGUCCCAGCAGCAGACACAGGGCGGCACGUCCGGCCCUGUGGCUCCAACACGUGCAUGGGAGAGAGAGCCGCCGCUACUGUCAGAGCAGUAUGAAACCCUCUCAGACAGUGACGACUGAGACCGCUAACCAGCUUCCCACCAGAAGGGACCCCAGAAGUGUCCACGCCCAACUCCUCUCACCCAUCGCACUUCUUUCUCCGUUUUUACCAAACACUCACUGCCGAUAAAGAGUGAGAUUUAACUGGAAAGGAGGACGUCCAUUAGGUGCUGCUUUUGUGCCUACUGGUGGUCAGGAGAGAGGGUAUCGCCGAGAGCCACCGAUUUAAAGCUUUGAUUUGUGGCGUGUAUGGAGAAGAGAACUACAGAAAAUCCCCAAAUCGAUGACAUGUUGAAAGGAUGAAGAACUUGUAAAGAAACUUAUUUGCUGAAAAUUUCUUUCUGUAAAGAAAUGUUUUUUGUUGUUUUUGUCUUUAAAAAAGGAAAAAAUCAAUGUAAAUAGAGUAAACUUUUGCAGUGUUUUUCCUUUAACUCUUUUUGUUCUGCAUUUUAACAAUGCUUUUUAAAUCGAACACGAUUGUUUAAAUAGAACAUGGAGAAAUCUGUGGUCAGUCAAAAGCAUUGAGCUUCCCAGAUCUGAAAUCAAAAAGGACUUAAACACCAUAAAACAUUACAUUAACUUUGGCCCUCAAAUGCGAAUACUACAGUAUGUGUGCAGCACUGUCGUUCUUUGCUGGUUACGAUUUCUGCCCCGUUUUCUUUGAGGAAGAAAUCACUUUUUUUUCAUCAGAUGUUCAUAGGAAACAGGACUAAAUAAAGACAUCAGUUUUCUGAUAGUGAUGGCUCGUGCACGGUGAAACAUUGGACAUGAGAUGAAUGUUGCUUUUGUUCUCACCCGUGCGUUUUUAUUUUUAAUCUUCAGGCCUGUUCCAGUACCGUAAAGUGUGUACGGACCUACAGUUGAAUGUCUGAGACGGCUCCCCAUCUUAAUUCUGUUCUCAUGGGUUUUUUUCUUAAAGGUUCUGCAAAGUCUGCCAUCCCCAAUAAUCACUUUUUGAACAAGAGUACAUUUCUGAGGGGAAUAUAAGAUUGUGAAUCUUUUACUAUCAUAAGGGAGCACGUAUAACGUGUUUAUCCUGUUGAAAUAUGUGAUCUUUUCGUCCUAGACCACGAGACUAAAAUACCAAGAAAAAUGAAGUACCAAACCCGAAACAUUUCUGCACCAUUGUUGCACUUUUCCUGUAGUCAUUUUUUGAGAAGCAUAAAUCAUACUACCUGUUAUCUAAGUUAUUCAGUGUAAUGCAGAGGUCUAGACUGCUUUCAGAUAUUCAUCUUUCAGUCACUUGCUCCAUUGGCUUUUUCACCAAUUUGACUUUGUUCUAAUAAUCUUGCUGUUUUUGUCUAAUCUGUACCUUAUUAUCUUGAAUAGCAGAGGCAUUCUUUGAGAUUUAAAGAUCACAUUGUGAAAAAAAACUAUACGCUGUAUUUUAGUAGCUGCAAAAAUGAAAUUCAGUGUGACAGAAGCUGUAAUGCGCACCAUUGGAGGUUCCUGAUAUCUGAAGGCAUCUCUCGAUCCUGCUUUCUUCCUAAUUCAUGUACCUUAAAUAACACCACCAGUCUGCUCAUCGAUGUUAUAUGAUGCUUUCUUUUCUUUGAUAGUUUAAAAAUCCACAUUAAGCUCACGUUGGGAUUUAUUUCCACUGUUUUUGUAAUAUUCAGCAUCAAUGUUAUGUUCAUCCUGUUUUAAUGGGAUGUUGAGUGUUUACAGUGGCAAUGACAAGAAAUGGUAAAACUUGAAUCUUAAAUUAAAAUUGCUCAUCAAGUCAGUCUAUUUCACA